UCGGAGACCGUAGGAUAUGACCUCAGCAAACAUGCUUUCACUACGACGUUUCAUCGUUCCAAGAUACAUUGGCCCAGGAAGCGGUCGGUGCAAUCUUGAUCUUAAAUGAUGAUGCUGCCGGGUUUGUUUCCAUGCUUCAGCUACAACACGUUCAAGAUGUCGUGGAUAGUGCAAAUUCGUCAUGAAAGCUGCUCGAGCAACAAAAGGGCAAAACCAUCCAAGGUGACUGUUGCCGUACCUCUAUACUAGCGUGGCUGUAAUUGCUGUCCGCCUUGUGCGGUAGGUGUUCAAAAUGUUGGCUCUAGCACUCACACCCACGACGCGUCGCUCACGACACGACAACAUAACAAAUGGGAUGGGCAAAGUGUGUUCCAAGUCGAGACUCCUUCCGCCUACAAAGCCUAAGAGGAUGAGCAAUCCUGAGCAGGCUUCAGCGCCUUCGACUACCACCGCACCGCUUAUCCCAGACAAAAUCAUGCCUGGUUUAUAUGUCUCCGACAUCCACACCGCUCGUGCAGUGUUGAGUCCCAAUUACCCGUCACCCAAUCGACCAGAAAUCAAAUAUGUCCUGUCUGUGAUCGACAAACCUGAUCGGCAACCAAAAGUCACCCCGGGAGAUGAGUCAAAAUUUGUGCUCAAAUUUGUCAGUCUGCGUGACAGCGUCACCGACGAUCUUCUAGAGGUGCUAGAAGAGGCUUGCGACUUCAUUAGAGACAGUCUGAAGAGCAACGAUGGUGGAGUACUCGUGCAUUGUGCCAAGGGCGUCUCUCGGUCUGCGUCUGUUGUUAUUGGAUUCGUUAUGGAAGACAUGGACCUUGAAUAUGACACAGCCUUGCGCUAUGUCCGUCAGGGCCGCUCAAAGGUGAAACCCAAUCCUGGCUUCGAAGCGCAACUGCAAUUAUGGCGGCGGCUGGAAUACAGCAUCUACGAAAAGGACGGCGUUAGACACAAGGAGGAGUAUGUUAUCUGGAAAGCAAACAAUGAGGAGGCAAUCAAGAACCUGGCACUGAAGGAUACGGACCCACACGCUGGAAAGUCCAAGAAGUAUUGAAGAACUAAUCGGAGGGCCUGCCGAAGAUCUUUUUGCAUAGCGCCUGGCGUUGAAAUCGGACCGGUUGGUUUAUGAAUGGACAAGAGACGGAGCUGCCAUUGUCCUGCUUGUAUGCAAUGCUGGAUCACGAGCUGCUGUACAGCAAGACAUUCUUUCGUUGGAAAGCAGGAGCAGAGAAGACAGGUCUGCAUGGUGAGGCCUCAGAAUCCAGAGGCGGCCAUUCUGCUGCAGGCUGACCACGAGAUACUGCGCACAGAUGCUCGAGGCUCGGCAGACGAAUUUCC